AUGUGGGCUGGCGGCGAGAUGCUGUGGCCGCGCGGAGGAGGUAGUGAACGACCAAAUCUACUUAGAGUUGGACAGACAGUGACAGAGACGACAAGGCUUCUUAGCGCUGAGCCCAAGAUUAUCAGGAAAACUAGUGAGGAGAUGGUCGUUGUUGGCGUGGAGAAAACCUUCGAAAACGAGGACGGAGUUGCCUUGAUAGACAAACGAGAGACGAGGAAAGAAGGCGAGAGAGACCCCGAAUAUGUUGUGCCGGAGCGCAUUAAAUACAGGGCAACAAACCCGCUAUAUGCGGAGGAGGAAUAUCAUAUUGUCCUUGAAGAUGAACAGCGGAGUUCAAAGGUCAAUAUAUAUAAUCCCGAGGGCAAGCUCAUCGACAUUAACACAUAUCGCCGGGGGAAUGAAGAGAAUGCAACUGGAACCCUAGAAGUUAUACCCGACUGCCUAUUAUUCUUCAACCCGGAAGCUAUGCGGGUAACGCCUCUCACGCCGCUUCUGCGGACGGCUGCCAGAACGCAAUAUAAAAACAUAUCCAUAAAGCCAUCUAUAAUAUCUCAAACCCGACAAUUUAACCUCCCAUCACUUUCCUCCUUCGCGCCUCAAUUCUCUGCGCCCGAACCACGAAGCCUCUCCGCAACCCGUACUCUACCAUUCGCGCCAUUACCACUUUUCAAAACCAUCUCUUCAAUCGAUUCCUACGGAGAUUUUCUACCCUUCCUUACAGCUUCGAAAGUAACCGCCCAUGACCCCGUAACCGGUUAUCCCACUCGCGCAUACCUUACUAUCGGGUACGGGCCUCUCAGCGAAACUUUUGAAUCAAAAGUUGAAUGCGACGAGAAGAAAUGGUUCGUUGGUGCGAGAAGUGGUGAUAUCGCGCUACAACACAAGCAGAAUCCAGGCGAUAGUCGGCUUGGGUCUGCAGGGAGUGAUUCAAAGGGCGAAUGCAUAUUUGAAUAUUUGGACACGAUCUGGCAACUGGAGCCAUUGAAAAGGGGCAUGAAUGGGGCUGAACGGACUAAGGUCGACUUGACUGUUCGGUUUCAGUUCCGGAGCGCGUUCCAUGCAACUGUGAUGGCUGCGGUUGAGAGUCAGGUCGCUGGGUUAAUGAUUGAAGCGUUUGAGAAGAGGAUGAUCGAAGGUGGGAGGAGGUGA